AUGAAGCUGAAGCAACUAGAAAGCCUAUUAGGCAAUCUUCAGCAAUUCUCCAACCCAAAGGUCUCUCUCUCUCUCUUCCCUCUUUCUCCUUCCUCCUCGUCUCCCUUUCUGCGGAGCCUAUCGGGUCUGCUCGAUUGCCAUGCCUGGGCGCAGGUGGAGCUGGAGCAGUACCCUACCGGACCUCACAUCGCUUCCCGCAUGCUCUACAUGGAUGAAUUUACUUCACAGCUAACUGGGAAAGUUCGUGGCUUUGGGUUUUGUGGUUUCCACAACUGA